AUGAAAAAUUCCUUCAAGACGUUAUGGAACACCUGGCAAUGGGGAUGUGGCCGAACUAUCAUGUCCGCCGUGGCUGCCCAUGUCAAUUCGAUUUCCGUGGGCAUGUGUCAGGGGUUCUCGGCGGUACUCCUUCCUCAACUCCUCGACUCCAAUAGUUCCAUUUUGGUGAACAACGUGGAAGCGUCGUGGAUAGCCAGUUUGGGGGUUAUAUCAAAUCCUCUAGGAGCGUUGAUGUCAGGAGUUUUCAUGCAGACCUUAGGAAGAAAAACAACAGUUCAAUUGACGUCUUUACCAUUCUUAAUUGGUUGGAUAAUAAUUGGAUUGUCUACAGACAUAACGUCUUUAUGUCUGGGUCGAUUCAUAUCAGGAGUGGCUAUCGGUAUGUCGUCAGCUUGUUACGUUUACGUGGCCGAAGUGAGCUUGGCUCAACACCGAGGGGUUCUAUCGUCGUUCGGGCCGAUUUUCGUGUCGAUCGGCGUUCUCAUCGUCUACUCGCUGGGUUCGAUCAUGCCGUGGCAGGUGGUCAGCUUCCUGUGCGCCCUGACGUCGUUCCUGAGCUUCCUGUCGGUGAACCUGACGCCGGAGUCGCCGUCGUGGCUCGCGUCCAAGGGCCGCGUGGCGGACGCCGGCAAGUCGCUGAUGUGGCUGCGCCGGAAACCGUCGCUGGCCGACAAGGAACUGGCCGAGAUCCUGACCAACCUGGGCGACGGCAACGGGACCACCGCGCCCACGGUCCGAGACUUCACGGCGCCCGCCGUCUGGAAACCGUUCCUAAUACUGGUGUGCUUCUUCGUGCUGCAGGAGGCCAGCGGCAUAUACAUCAUACUGUACUAUGCGGUCAACUUUUUCCAAGUGGCCGGCUCGACGGUGGACAGCAACGUGGCGUCCAUUGCGGUCGCCGUGCUCCGGCUGGUCAUGAGCGUCACCGGGUCCGUGUGCAUACAGCACGUGAACCGCCGGACGAUGGCCAUGGCGUCGGCCGUACUGAUGGCCGUGUCGAUGGCCGCGUGCGGCGCCUACGAGUCGGCGUACGGCCCGCUGUCGGUCGACGACAGGCCGUACGGCUGGGUGCCGCUGGCGUGCAUCCUGUUCAACGUCAGCGUCAGCAUGCUGGGCAUGGUGCCGCUGCCGUGGAUGAUGAUCGGCGAGCUGUUCCCGCUCAAAGUCCGCGGCAUCAUGGGCGGCCUGGUACCGUCGCUGGGCUACUUCUUCAUAUUCGUCACGGUGAAAAUGUCACCGGGCCUGAUGACGGCGCUGGCCAACGAUCAGAUCAUGUGGCUGUUCUCGGCCGCCGCCACGGUCGCCGUGUGCUUCGUGGCCGCGUUCCUGCCGGAAACCCGGGGCAAGACGCUGGUCCAGAUCGAGAAACUGUUCAGCAGCAGCGGCGACCGCGAAGCGACCAAGGGCACCGCCGACUACCUGGAAAAAAAGUUCAAGCCCAACGAUUCUUCCGCGGUGUACACCAUCAGUUCGUUAGUGGACGUACGUCACAAAUGA